GACUUUCUUUAUCCACAGCGGCUGUGGAGGCGUGUGACAGAAGCGCACAACUCGAAAGACAACUCCGUCACACAGUGGAAUCGGUCUAGUUGAGUGCAAGAACCAGAAGCUUCAAGCUAACUGUCUGUCAGAGCAGUGUGUAGUUACCGUCGGUGCAGCAUACAUAGCUAGGACAUUCAACGCAAACCUAUCACCGUUUUGGGCGGCUCGUGAGAUGGUAAAACCUGGGACUAAAACGUUAAACGAAACCUCGUUCUGUGGCAUUCGCAAUCGUCGCGUACGAGUUGCGUUUGUACUGCGUGUGCUUUUUGUGCUGUGUCUAGGCUCGUUGCAUGUGUUAAACUUAGCUCUCAAUCCGACCGCCAGCAAAGCAAGCGAAAAUGGCUUCCGAUCAGUUGCGACCGGUGCUUAUGGGUCCCGCCGAUUACUCACAAUUCCUCAGAGUGAUGUAGAGUUGUUGGACCUGCUUAAUGGAACGCUUCCACCGGAACUCAGUACCAACGUCCCAUCGGUGGACGGGAUAACCAACGUUACAGACGCACCAGAAGAAAAUGAGCGCAAUUGUACGCCAGCAGCCAUCUUUGAAUUUCCGUCCGAUGGAUUCACGCGCGAGGAUAGACGGCAUGGCUGGAUACUGGUGCACGUGGUUAUUGCCUGCUACUGCUUCUGGCUACUUGCCAUCGUGUGUGAUGACUACUUUGUUCCUGCGAUCGAGCUAAUGUGUAAAAAGCUACAGGUGAAAGAAGAUGUGGCGGGUGCAACGUUUAUGGCAGCGGCAUCCUCUAGCCCAGAGUUGUUCAUCAAUUGUGUGGGCACGUUCGUCACGAAGGGCGAUCUCGGUGUGGGCGCCGUCGUAGGAUCGGCCGUGUUUAAUAUUCUAGCCGUACCAGCUGUUUGCGGACUCUUAGGUGGACAGGUCGUGCAGCUAAGAUGGUGGCCCGUGACACGAGAUUCCAUGAUGUAUGGAAUGGCAGUGAUAGGUUUAAUUGCGGUCCUCUACGAUGGCCGGGUAAUGUGGUACGAGGCCACAGUGCUAGUAUCGGCUUACGUGCUAUACAUUACAGCAAUGUACUGCAACGAUACGAUCAAUCGCUUUAUGUCGAAAACCUUCCGCCGAAAAUCGUACAUUCGUCCGUACACGGAGGUAACGGAAAUUUCGCCGCUCCUUUCCAACGGAGCCAACGGCAAGUCAACAUCUGCUGCCGGCACCAAGAACGGUACCAACGGCCAACAUGCCUGUGACAGCGAUGCUAGCGACGAUAGCUUCGAGGAGUACGAGCUGGCCACCUCACCCUGGAACCAUCGGGACGAUAGUCUUAUAGCGUUUGUGUGCCGCUGGCCGAUCACCUUCAUCCUGUGGGCAACCAUCCCGGACUGUCGACGCUAUCCCCGGUUACGGUUGGUCACAUUCUUCGCGUGCAUCUUCUGGAUUGGCAUCACGUCCUAUUUUGUCGCCUUUCUCAUCACCGUCGUCGGUGACACGAUCGACAUACCGGACUCGGUAAUGGGGCUAACGUUUUUGGCGGCGGGAACCAGCGUGCCGGAAGCAGUGUCCAGCAUUAUCGUGACGAACCAGGGUCACGGUGAGAUGGGCAUCAGCAAUUCGAUCGGAUCGAACACGUUUGACAUUCUGCUGUGCCUGGGGCUGCCUUGGCUAAUUAAAGCACUAGCUUUUCCGGCCGUCCCCGGAGAGCGGUGGGUUGCGCUCAACUCUUCCGGACUAACCUACUCCGCCAUCUCGUUACUGUCGACACUGUGCGGGCUGUACACGGCGUUUUGGUGCAAUCGCUUCAAACUUGAUUGGAAGGUGGGUUUAACCUGCCUUUCGAUGUACAUCGGCUUUCUCACGGUAUCGAGCCUGAUUGAGCUGAAUGUGUUCUUCCCAGUGAAUCUACCCACUUGUCCCCACUGAUAUUCAGACGACGAUGCUGCGAAGGGACAAUCGAUUAACAGUGCGUUGGUUUUCCUCGAGCAUGACUAGAGUAGGGUCAAAUACUAUUUUCUAGAUAGUUAGGGCGUACGGAAGAUGAUUGAAACUACGAUGUAAAGCAUAGUUUAAUUGUUGAUAAAGCUAUCAGCUGUGACUUGUUUGGGCAUGUUCGAAAAAUAUGUAUUUGUCUAUUUAACUAAAUAAAUACAACCAUAUAAAAACAAUUUUUGUAUUCA